AUGGAUGCCCUAAAAAUCAUCCUACUCUAUGUACUUUUUGCACUCACUUUGCAAUCGAGUAUUCGCGAUGAAAGCUUCGUAAGAUUCUGCGGGAAAGUCGGCGGUGGAGUCACCACUACUACUGGAAACAAUUUGAAUGGUAUGACAUGCAGAGUGACUUGGAAUAUUCUCACAAACAAUGUGAGUAAAGUACUGUAGAUUAGGAAAAUGAAUUGUUUUUUUUAGGAUGAGGUUGAACAAGUUUGCAAAAUCAAAGCACCAUACCCUCUGAAAGCUUUUGAAGUCAACAUUAACAAGAAGGCUGAAUGUACAUAUGAAAAUGUGUAUACCUGUCGACCGGAUUAUACUCAAAUAAACGGAUAUUGUUAUCGAGUUAUGUCGGAUAAGCUUAUCUCGUAUGAGGAUGCCGAGAAAAAAUGCAAGUCUCAAAAAACCAAGCUGGAAAUAUCUGGAAAAGAAGUCACCAGCGCAAUUGUUGAUCUUUUUGAUGAAGAUUUGAUUCGCAUAUUUGAAUGUAAAUAGUUUUCUUGAUCUAUCUAUCCAAAUUCGAAUCGAAUUUUUUCAGUUUAUUUUGAAGAGAUGCGAUCAAUCUGGAUUCAGCCAAGAGAUGAUUACAAAGAUCAAAUCGAUUACGAAGGUGAUAGUGAAAAUUAUGCGAUUGUUUAUGGAAUGGCAACCUUUUAUAAUGUCGGACCAAAUUCAUUGAUAAAAAUGCCGAAAAAUCAUCGUGCUCAAGCUAUGUGUCAUUAUCGAGCCGAAGAAACACCAAACAGUUUUGGAUACAAUGCCAAAAAAUUGGCAAAAUAUUAUUAUCCAACUCUGCAAAGAGGAGAUUUGACCGUUUGGCGCACUUCGGGAUCAUACAAUUAUUGGUGUGUUCGCUAAAAAUGUAAACUCGCGUCGUAACUAGUAUUUUUUUUGUAGGACUCAAAAUCAAGACAAAUCUUUUGCCAUCAAUCAAUGUCAAAAAUCAAUGGCUGCGAUUGCGGGCAAUACUGAAAUCGAUGUUUUCAAUCCAACUAAAGACAAUAUGAAAAUUUUGCGAGAAGAUGAUGCUGUCAAGGAAUCGUUCAUCAAAGCUUAUUCACCAUCAUAUCUUUGUUGUUAUGAUGUGCCAUCUUACUAUGACCGUGGUUGGCAUUAUGAUCAUUACUCAAUUAUUCUGCAUUUUUCCAAAAGUUACUCGCCAUUUGUGUGUAACCAAAACACCAAACUUCCACACAUGAGUUCAGCUCUCUAUAGUUUUUCACCUCAAUAUCACUCGUAUUUAUGCAGAGAAAGAGUUGGCACAUUUUUGUUGUUCUCUGAACCAGUGUACGUUUAUUCGAAAAAAAAAGGAAAUAAGCAUGAAUUUUCAGAAGUGGUAUUGAUAAUGUUGAAGUGUUCAAUCGUCAAGAUGCUCCACAUCUCUGCUCAAUUUAUUUCGAAAAUAUCAGAGUGAGAACCAAAUGUCCAGAUGGAUGGAAAAUGUAUCAAAGAGAAAAUGAACGAAUUGUUUGUCAUAAUAUGUUUACAGUUCAAGUAAGUUUAUGCGAAACCUUUUCAAAUAAUUCACUUUAAUUUCAGAGAAAUUAUGACGAUGCUCAAAAAUUGUGUGGAUUGCAAGGCGCACAAUUAUCAACUUUCACAUCUAAAGAAGAAUACGAUUUUCUUAGAAAUGUUGAUGCCUCGCCGUGGAUUGGAGCUCGAAAAGAAAACCAAUUGUCCACGCUCUACUCCUAG